AUGGCAAAGCCGGCAAGCUCGAUCUCAGAGAGCUCCGGUGAUACCUCCAGCAUUUCAAACUCACCCAGUCCAUGCGCCUGCUUCCAGAAGACCUGGAGACGAUAUCGGCCUGGAUCAUAUUUUGCCGUCUUUGUAGUCAAUGUGACAGCUACAGCCCUUUUACUUACCCGAGACUAUGACAUUCGCAUCUAUAUCCCUUUGUUCUACCGAGUCCUCUUCUUUGUGCAGACGUUGGCCAAUUUCGGAGUUGGCUGCGCAGCAGCGUUUCUUCACAAAAAGGCAAGAGCUUCGGCUCAUUUAAGGUUAGCCAGCAACUGUGCAAUCGUGAACUGGCUUGCGUGUCUGACGCAUACACUCUAUCCCUUUGUACACUUCAUGAUGAACUUAUUGAGCAGGUUCCUUAUGUUGGUAACUAUGUUCUUGAUGCAGAUGUUGAUAGCUGGGAGACUCGAGAUCUUGGAGCGCGUCUCGAAGCAGAGUUAUCGCAGCGCACGCUUCCAAAAGCUGAUUUGGGAGCAAGUGCUCGGAGCUACGGCUUGUGCGCUCUCACUAGGUGCAGCUGUUUUGUUCCGAGGUUUGCCAAUGGCAAUCUUUCAAUCGGUUGAUGUUGCGACUGGGAUGGCAUUGUUGUUGGUGGUGCGCUGCCUUUGUUUGCUUGGGGCCCUGGCGGUGGUGCAGGCGUGUUUGUGCAACGUGGUGGCAAGCGCGGCCGCGAUCAGCUCCCUUACCCAAUGUAAGGUAGAUUGUGAAAACACGCCAGCUGUAAAAUCCUAUCUGAGACGAGCCCGAAAGUUUGCUGCUCUACAAUUGCUGGGCGUGUUUGUCAGCCUCGUCCUCGUGGCUGUGGACAACUUGGUACCUCAUGCGGCCUCUGUUACAUCCAUAUUUUUGGCAAUGCUGGAUUGGGAUGAUUGGGCUGGAGCACGUGCAUGGACUGCAGUUCAUGUCGAUUUAUUGAGUCCUUCUAUGUUGGCUGGUGCGCUUCUUACACUUUGUCGGUCUUUAGCUGAUGCGGCCGCUGUUCUUCUCCUGUCCGGCAGCCACAGAGUGCUUACCGAAGACUCAGAAGACAGCCCACCCAACCGAAAGAAGCUGGGUUUUAAAGACUUGUUGGCGGCCGUGGUCGCGGAUGCUCUGGACGAAUGCAGUUUCGAGUUGGCAGCGCGGUUGCUGGAGGAAGACUCCACGUUCCUUUGCCAGAUCCUGAAUCAGAGCGGUCGCUGGGAUGACACGUACUGGAUCUGUGCAUUUGCGGUCAACCAACACAUCUGCAUAUGCCACAGCAAUCCUUACGACCGCGAUCCUGUUACAAACGAGUUGCAUCCGGUAUGUAAUUGCAGCAGUGUGAAUAUUUCUGAUUUAGAUGGCCAAAGUGCUGUCUCAGAGAUCAACAAAUUUGAUGACAUGACGUACUGCCUUGCAUCAGGAGGAGGCUGUAGGCACGUGAUUGCAGUAGACCGAUCUCUUGACAUAUUUAAUCGCGCUUGGUGUGUAGCUGAAAUUGCAGAAGCCAAGCAUUUGCAAAUGAAUCAGGCGCUUAAACUUGCAUCCAAAGCGACCAUUACGCAGCACGCACGCACUUUGGAGAUCUUGGAUGUUCGGAGUAUGCGUGCAUCCUCUGAAGCAGACAAAGAACUCAUACUCAACAAGAUCAAGAACAGCAUGGGCAUCGACCAGUUCAACAGAGAGCUGCAAGCGCUCAUUGUCGACCCGAAUUCUGGCCUUGUGGCAUCCUGGAAUGCCAUGGACAGUCUGCAGCAAAUUGGAGAAGUGGGGCGGCUAAUUCGGUGGGGAUUUGCUGAUGCAGGCACUGGAAAGGUGUGGAAAGCCUGGGAAGCACAUGAAUGA